UUUAUAACAGAUCAAGGUUUUAGUCUUUGCGCUACUAUAAUGCAAUUAUGCCGUUUUUUCUCAGUAAUUGUUAUCAUUUUAUUGACGAUUUUUAAGUGUGAAUCAAAAAAACGCUACGUCGUGGGUCUUUUGAUUCACGAUGAUAGUCACGAUACUGAAAUGGCUUUUGACGCUGCUUUAUCUCGUUUCAAUUCAUUUAACAUCCACAUCGAAUUCGAAUCGACCAAAAGAGUUGUAUCUAAAGAUGAUGUUUAUUCCGUAUACAAUGAAGCGUGCGAUUUAAUAAGUAGCACUGAAAAUUUAGUGGGUAUUUUUGGUCCAACCUCGCCUGCUGUAGCCCCAAUAGUGACAUCAAUUUGCAACAACUUAGAAAUACCAAACGUCCAGAUUCAUUGGUCUUCAUCUCAACCCCAAGAAACGACUUCAAUAAAUGUUCAUCCCGAUGCUAAAUUAUUUUCGAUUGGUUUAGCCACAGUUGUUAAAAAUUUGAAUUGGAACUCUUUUGCGAUUUUAUUUCAAGACUACGAAAGUCUUAUUAGAUUACAAUACGUUAUGGCUUUACAAAAAGAUUUAAAAGAGAGAAUUUUAAUAAGACAAAUUGAAUUAAACGCUGAUAAUAGAGCGUUAAUAAAAGAUUUGAAAAAUCGAGGAUACGUUCAUUUCAUCAUCGAUUGCGAUCUGGAACAUGUAAUUCCCCUUUUAAAGGAUGUAAAGGAAGUUGAGAUGUUGGAUUAUUUUCAUAGUUAUUUUAUAACAUCUCUAGACGCCCAUACAAUUGAUUACACUAAAAUCGAUUCAAACUCCAAUAUAACAACAGUAAGACUAUUCGAUCCUGAAGAUGAACCGGUACAGAAUACAAUAAGGGAUUGGGAAGUCAGCGAAAUGUAUCAUAAUAGAAAAUUAGCAUUUGGACCACACGAAGUUAAAAUUGAACCUGCUUUGAUGCACGAUGCUGUAAAUUUCUUUGUGGAGAGAUUUUAUCAAUUAUAUUUAACUCAACGGCCAGUCAUGCAAAGUAUGUCUUGUGAAAAUAUGAUAAAAUGGGAUGCUGGAUAUAGAGUUGCAAGUUAUUUAAAAAUUACAUCAAUGGAAAAUGGUGUAACAGGAAAAAUAAUGUUUAAAAAUAACACCAGAUCAACUUUAUAUUUGCAAGUCGUCGAAAUUAUUCAUGGAAAUACAAAACCUGUCGCCGAAUGGAGUUCUUUCGAUGUUGAUGAAUUGAAUUUGUUACGAAGUGAAAGCGAUAUGCAUCAACAGAUGUCGACGUUUUUACAAAAUACGACCUUUAUCGUGUCUUCGCGAAUCGGACGUCCUUAUUUAAUGUACAGGGAACCACAAUAUCCGGGGGAAGUUCUCGAAGGAAAUUCGAAAUUCGAAGGAUUUUCUUUGGAUAUAAUCGAUGAGAUUGCCAAGAAAAUGAAUAUUAGUUACAAAUUUGUUUUGGCAGCCGAUAAAUUGUAUGGGAAUUAUAACCCCGUUACAAAAUCGUGGAAUGGACUCAUCAAAGAUUUACUUGACAGAAGAGCUCAUUUGGCAAUUUGCGAUCUUACAAUAACUCAUCAAAGAAGAUCCGCCGUCGAUUUUAGCUUACCAUUUAUGACAUUAGGAGUUAGUAUACUUUAUAGUAAAUCAAAACCUACCGAUAGAGAUAUUUUUGCGUUUAUGAACCCUUUCGAUUCGAUCGUUUGGAUGUAUAUUGUGACCGCAUAUAUUAGUUUCACUCUUAUUUUAUAUUUUAUUGCAAGAAUGGCACCCGGAGAUUGGGAAAAUCCAAACCCCAACGAUCUAAAUCCAGAAGAAUUAGAAAACAUUUGGGAUUUAAAAAAUUGUUUUUGGUUUUCUUUAGGUUCGACAAUGUCUCAAGGAUGUGAUCUCCUCCCAAAAGGAAUAUCAUCAAGAAUGGCUUCUUCAAUGUGGUGGUUCUUUAUUUUAAUUAUUUCAAGUUCUUACACAGCAAAUUUAGCGGCUUUUUUAACGAUGGUUCAAAUGGGGCCGUCUAUAGAUAACGCCGAAGCACUUUCAAAACAAACCAAAAUUAAAUACGGAACCGUCGAAGGUGGGGCAACUCAAGCAUUUUUUAGAGAAUCAAAUUUUUCAACGUACCAACGCAUGUGGAUGCAAAUGUUUCAAGCAAAACCGAGUGUUUUCGAGAAAAGCAAUGACGACGGGGUCAAAAGAGUUAAAACGACUAAAAACGGUUUGUACGCAUUCCUUAUGGAGAGUUCUUCAAUUGAAUACGUUGUCGAAAGAGAUUGUGAAUUAAAACAAGUAGGGGGAAGAUUGGAUUCGAAAGGAUAUGGAAUUGCAAUGCCGAUGAAUUCUCCAUAUCGACAUGAUAUUAAUACAGCUGUGCUUAAGUUGCAAGAAGAAGGUGUUUUAAGCCGAUUAAAAACUAAAUGGUGGAAAGAAAUGCAUGGUGGAGGAGCCUGUGACGACGUUGAUAGCGGGGCUAGUUCUAGCAACGAAUUAGGUCUUGCUAAUACUGGCGGAGUAUUUCUCGUUUUAGGAAUUGGAGUUGCGAUUGCAUUUUUGAUUUCGCUAAUGGAGUUUUUUUGGAAUAUCAGAACAACAGCUUUAGAAGAACAUAAAGGAUUGGGUGAAGUUUUUUUGGUUGAGUUGCGAUUUGCAGUGAGCUUUUGGAUUGUAAAGAAACGUGUCAAUGUUUUCUCAUCGAAAACAUCCACUUUGAAUGUUUCUUCAAAUGAAAAUGGUAACAAUGAAAAUGGAAAUUCUGAAGAUACUUUAGCUGAUGUUAGUGGAAUUGUUAAAGUAGAUUAAACGGAGUUGUAAAUAAAAAUAAAGAUUUAUUUAUGAACCUUUCA